GAGCUGGUCACAUUGUUUCUGCAGUCAGAAAGCAGACACUGAUGGAUAUUGGUGCUCAGCUAGCUUUCUCCUCUUUACGAAUUCCAGGACCUACACCCAGGGAUAGACCCACCCUAUUGAAGACUGGUCUUCUUACCUCAGUUAACCUAAUCAAAUACUCCCUCACAGACAAGGACAAAAUCUAAUAGUCUAGUUACUUCUUUACAGAUAUGCGCAGAAGCUGAUCUCCCAGUCUCCUAGUCUGUUCUAGAUACUGUAAAGUGGAUGGCAUUGAUCAUCACAGCCUGCAAAGAUGCAAGACAAACCUUGUCCCAGCAGACAGUUACCCCUCCAUCGACCUUAUAGCUGCAGGUUGAGUUACCGUGUUUCUCACGUACAUCUUUAUGGUUGUUUUAUCACAUGGAUGCUUCCCUGGCCUUAUUAUAAGUUAGCUAAGAAUUGAAGAGAAUUUUUGUUAUCUAGUUGGCAGGGGUGUCUAACCCAUGGCCCAGGGCCUGCACGCACCCCAGGAAAGCUAUGAUUGGACCCUACCCCAAAGUCAUAAACAUACCAAAGAGAUGAAAAUUUCAGGGGGGGGGGUUCUUUGUAAUUUGAUUGCAAGGUUCUUGAGCAUGACUCUUGAAAGUGACAAUGUUGUAUCACAGUGUCAAAAGGCUGGGCACACCUGUAAGGUGUCUAGAUAUUUGAAAAGCUGGAUUUUUCCAGCUGUCCUCCUUGUCAUUCCAUACAAGAAUAUGUCCUAAAAUAUUCAUCUUCUUUCCAUCUGGAUCCGUUCAGCCUCUGAACCACUUAGUGAGAAAUACUCAUUUUUGUCAUUUUCUUAGGCAUAUUUCUAGAGUCAUUUUGUGCAUAUAUAAUAUGCAUCUACAUUCGUGAAAUUUGAAGAUUUGUUUAUGCCAACAAGCAUACCUGUCACUCUCUGAACGAUACCCCUAACAGUUCAUUUGAAGUUCAUGUCACAUUGAUGCUCUUAGCUCAGCUUCUUUCUUUUCUCAUAGCUAUCUAGUAUCCCGAUAUAGGGAUGUGCUAUGAUUCAUGGACCAAAUUCCCCAUUAGGGAGUCGUUUUUCAGUUACUUUCAUAGUAUAGCAAAUUCACCCAUCCCUCUGCCUUGCCUUGUCAACAUUUCAUGUAAUCCUCUUUAUUUAUCUGUCUGUUUUUCAUUCCUCCCACGCUCCAUCAUUCUACUCCUCUGUGAGUUCCUUUAGGUCAAGGAGUCCAUCUUUCAUUGGUCAUCCCGAGAUGGCAUGGGUGGCCUGCCAGCCACUGAUCUUAUGUCCUUUCUAUCUUAUGACUCACCAUUUUCUAGGAAGUAAAACCAACACUCAGACCUGGACUCCUCCCCAGGAAUGCUAUUUAAGCCUCGUCACAAGGGCAGCCCUGGCCACUUGAGUCAUGUCUGUGCAUCUGCUGGUCUCCUCUGUAGCUGUGCUGUGAACUACUUCACACUCCCUGAAGAACCGAAAGUGGACCCCAGUUAACUGUGAGAGAUUGGGGGGGGGGUGUCAGAUGUGAGCCCUGAAAUAAACACCUGGUUUUGUGACUACUGCUUCUUAGUUAACAGUUGUAUCAGCAUGCCCACUACAGACAUGCUUCACUCUUAUUCCUUGAAUAAGUCAAUCCUGUUGAUUAUUCAGUCAGUCGACAAAUAUUGCCUGGGAGUUCACUCUGUUACAAGCAAGGACUGAGACAUCUUGUUGAUGGAUGUAAAACUUUCACGCUGGCCCAACACAGUGAACAGGUUAAGAAAAAAAAAAAGUGAAAGUGCGUAGAGGGUCAGAAAGCAGACUGACCAGAGACUUGGGGAGCACACGGCUUCCCCAAAGGAAGGCCUUCAGCAUGUGCAGUGUACCCCUGUGCCUGGAGGGACCUGCGUUCCUUGUGGAGUGAGGAACUUGGUCCACGGUGCCUGCCCAUUUCCUUCCUUCCCGCUUGCUCUGUCUGCUACCAACAGCUCCCAUGCACGCUGGGCUCCUGUUGCCCGUGUCCUGCUUCAAUGAGGUGUUUGAGUGCUCAUCCGCCCUUUCUAAUUUUAAAGCCAUAGCUCCCUAGAUUUAAAUCUCAAUUUGGGAACAGACCUACGAUUGGCCCGCGCCUGGGAAGUUUCACCAAUGAGCAUCUGUAGGAGGUGGGGCAGUGUCCCUUUAAGCAGCCCACAAGCAGUCUGGAGAGCUUGGAGCUGCUCUCCCAGGCGCUGAAAUUUUCCAGGACCCAGGGCUGCUCCAGGAGCAGCUCCUGCCCCGGGAAUGUCCCUACUUUCGCCAGCAAUUCCUGCAGGGCCCUCUCAGGCUCUGCACCCUUGGCGGCCAACAUCCCGCGGGGACCCUUAGCCACUGCUCCUGUCGCUGGUCCCCAGCGGUUCUCCUGCCUCUCUGCACUUUCCCAGGGGCGGAGUCGUAGUGGUGACCCGGCAAGCGGAGCAAACGGAGACUGAGCCUGGAAGAUCUGCCUGCACUGCAAGUGUCCUCAGGAGGAGCACAUGGUAACAGUGAUGCCGCUGGAGAUGGAGAAGACCAUCAGCAAACUCAUGUUUGACUUCCAGAGGAACUCGACCUCAGACGAUGACUCGGGCUGUGCUUUGGAAGAGUACGCCUGGGUUCCCCCGGGGCUGAAGCCUGAGCAGGUGCACCAGUACUAUAGCUGCCUUCCGGAAGAGAAAGUCCCUUACGUCAACAGUCCUGGAGAGAAAUUGCGGAUCAAGCAGCUACUGCACCAGCUCCCUCCCCAUGACAAUGAGGUUCGAUACUGCAACUCCCUGGAUGAGGAAGAGAAGAGGGAGCUGAAGCUGUUCAGCAACCAGAGGAAACGUGAGAACUUGGGCCGAGGAAAUGUCAGGCCCUUCCCUGUUACCAUGACAGGAGCGAUUUGUGAACAGUGCGGAGGACAGAUUAAGGGCGGGGACAUCGCUGUGUUCGCAUCACGUGCUGGCCAUGGCAUCUGCUGGCAUCCACCCUGCUUUAUAUGCACUGUCUGCAAUGAGCUUUUGGUUGACUUGAUCUACUUUUACCAAGAUGGGAAGAUCUACUGUGGUAGGCACCAUGCUGAGUGCCUGAAGCCGCGCUGUGCAGCUUGUGACGAGAUCAUCUUUGCGGACGAGUGCACGGAAGCUGAGGGGCGGCACUGGCACAUGCGGCACUUCUGCUGCUUCGAGUGUGAGACCGUGCUGGGCGGCCAGCGCUACAUCAUGAAGGAAGGCAGACCCUACUGCUGCCACUGCUUCGAGUCCCUGUACGCGGAGUAUUGCGACACCUGUGCCCAACAUAUAGGGAUCGACCAAGGUCAGAUGACCUAUGACGGCCAACACUGGCAUGCUACAGAGACCUGUUUCUGCUGCGCUCAUUGUAAGAAGUCCCUCUUGGGGCGACCGUUCCUCCCAAAGCAGGGCCAGAUAUUCUGCUCACGGGCCUGCAGUGCCGGGGAGGACCCCAAUGGCUCUGACUCAUCUGAUUCGGCCUUCCAGAACGCCAGAGCCAAAGAGUCUCGCCGCAGUGCCAAAAUCGGCAAGAACAAAGGCAAAACAGAGGAGGCCAUGCUGAGCCCGCACAACCAGCUGCAGGUGAGCUCUAACCGGCUCUCAGCUGAUGUGGACCCCCUGUCAGUGCAGAUGGAUCUCCUCAGCCUAUCUAGCCAGACGCCCAGCCUCAACCGGGACCCCAUUUGGAGGAGCCGGGAUGAGCCCUUCCAUUAUGGAAACAAGAUGGAGCAGAACCAAUCCCAGAGUCCUUUGCAGCUCCUCAGCCAGUGCAACAUCAGAACUUCCUACGGUCCAGGAGGGCAGGGAGCAGGAGCCCAGCCUGACGUGUGGUCCAAGCACUUCGGCAACCCCAAGAGAAGCUCGUCAAUGGCCAUGAAGGGGCACGGUGGCAGCUUUAUCCAGGAAUGCCGUGAGGACUAUUACCCAGGGAGGCUGAUGUCCCAGGAGAGCUACAGCGAUAUGUCCAGCCAAAGCUUUAGUGAAACCCGAGGCAGCAUCCCAGUUCCCAAGUAUGAGGAGGAGGAGGAGGAAGAAGAAGAAGGUGGCAUAUCUACGCAGCAGUGCCGGCCCCGACGUCCACUCAGUUCCCUGAAAUACACAGAGGACAUGACACCCACAGAACAGACUCCUCGUGGCUCUAUGGAAUCACUGGCCCUGUCCAAUGCAACAGGUCUGUCUGCCGAAGGUGGUGCCAAGCGCCAGGAGCACCUAUCUCGGUUCUCCAUGCCUGACCUCAGCAAAGACUCUGGAAUGAAUGUCUCAGAAAAGCUGAGCAACAUGGGCACUCUCAACUCCUCCAUGCAAUUCAGGAGCGCCGAGUCUGUCCGCAGCCUGCUGUCCGCACAACAGUACCAGGAGAUGGAGGGGAACCUUCACCAGCUCAGCAACCCCCUGGGGUACAGGGACCUGCAGUCCCAUGGAAGGAUGCACCAGAGCUUUGAUUUUGAUGGCGGCAUAGCCAGCAGCAAGCUGCCAGGGCAGGAAGGUGUGCGCAUCCAGCCCAUGAGUGAGCGCACCCGGAGGAGAACUACUUCCAGGGAUGACAACCGCCGCUUCCGCCCUCACAGGUCCCGAAGGUCCCGACGCUCACGCUCAGACAACGCCCUGCACCUAGCCAGCGAGCGGGAGGUCAUCGCUCGGUUGAAGGAAAGGCCCCCUCUGAGAGCCAGGGAGGACUAUGACCAGUUCAUGCGUCAACGGAGCUUCCAGGAGAGCCUGGGGCAGGGGUCCCGACGGGAUCUGUACAGCCAGUGUCCCAGGACUGUGUCAGACCUGGCUUUGCAGAAUGCCUUUGGGGAUCGAUGGGGACCCUACUUCACGGAGUAUGAUUGGUGCUCCACCUGCUCCUCCUCUUCAGAGUCCGACAAUGAGGGCUACUUCCUAGGAGAACCCAUCCCCCAGCCAGCCCGCCUGCGAUAUGUCACAAGUGAUGAGCUGUUGCACAAGUACAGCUCUUACGGUGUCCCCAAAUCCUCCACCUUAAGUGGCAGAGGACAGUUGCACAGCAGGAAAAGACAGAAGAGCAAAAACUGUAUCAUUUCAUAAUGUGAUUGGGAUCGGGGAAUGGGGGAAGUUGGAAGCGAAGAAUGUAGACGCAGAAGCGUGCACUGUUGGGAAUUCUCAAGUGCUCUUGGGGACGGUUCAUAGGGGAAAGAUGAAGAAUGCUCUCAGUUGAGGGAGGCAAGGCUGCAGGUUGACUUGGUAGAUACACUUGAUGUCACAGUUUUGGGCAUGUUAAAUAUGAUUUGCACCUUCCACUUUGGAAAACACGGGCAGUGGAGGCCAGGGUAGGCCAUGUCCUUCCAAGGUGGAGUGGCCAUUUACCAGAUGACACAUUGUAACCUGCUUACUUAGAUUCUUUCUGGUUCUCUUCCUUUUAGGACCCCUUUUCCAGUAAAUACUUUAUUAGCCAGGACCCCAAACUAAGUUAUUUACAUGUCCAUUGUAAAUGCAAUGUAAAUGAGAGUUCUGAUAAAAUAUUUUUGUAUUUUGUAAUAACAAAAGAAUUUCUAUAUCGUAGGAUCAGUGGGGACUGCAUGCAUGUCCACCAUUAUCUUUGAGUGAUAGUACCUGGUGGCCCAGGAACACCUGGCUUUUGUUGUUGGUUUUGGUUUGGUUUGGUUUUCUUUCUAUACAAAUCUGUUACAUGUCAGUGAGACUAUUUUCAGAGAAAUACAUUCAAUUUGGCUUUUUGUGGCUGAAAAAAAAAAUUAACUAUUCUACCCAAAGCGUUUUAUGCUCUAGUCCAUUGAAAGGAGCCGUCCUUAAGUCUGUUCCCACUCUCAGUAGAAUUUAUUCUCUACAAAGUAAGUAGGUUUUUUUUUUUUUAAAUUGCAAAUGUCGCUUUUGCUGAUUAGAGAUAACAACCAGUGUCAGUCCAGUUCUGUGAGAAAUGCCAUCCCUGUUUGGAACCUUGAAGUUGCUUAAUGUCGAUCUGUCCCUUGGGGGGAAUCAAAGUGACUGUGAGUGGUGCCAAUGUGUGCUGUCAGCAUGGCGUUGUUUUGAAUGUGGAAUUAUUGUUUGGUGCUCAUGUGUCCUGGAUUGUAUUUUCUGCUUUCUACUUCCCAGGCAGACAGAGCUGCUGCCUUAGCCUGACAACUGUUAGUCCUCAUAGCAAGUGAGCUUCGGCAUUUGGCACUGAAGGACAGAAGGAUGAUGCAGAAGGGCUCUGGGUACGGCAGUGUGGCGCACAUUACACUUGGGUAGGGAACAAGGAGAUUUGAAAACACAAAGCAGGUAGAUGUUGAAAGCGAGGGAUAUGAAGGAAAGCCGAGGGAAAAGAACUUGUAGGGAGAAAGAAGAGAGGUGACAGCCACCUUAACUAGUGGUGCCCCACUGCCUUAGAGAGAAUCCACUUUGACAAGCUUGGUCACCACAGGGCUGGCUUGUUACCCAGGAGGGCCGAGCUGCUGAGUGAUGGGUAAGAACAUGGGAAACAGACCUUGUGGCAAGAGAGAUUUCCAUUUUGAACUUUGAGGACUGUUGGUCAGACAGACAGGCUCAAGAGUGAGUUUGCUUAAAGAAGACAUUUCACUGCCAGUGGAGUAAAUAUAGAGUGAAAUAAAACUUCUUGCCUCGCUUCAGUUUAAAACAAAAACGAAGCACUUGCUCUUGGUCCAUUCUCUUCCUCUCCUCAGUGGAUUGUGGCAAAAAUCCACUGGAGGACCCACCUUUUGUGAGAUGUGCUGUCCCCGUAAUGCACAGUGUGUCUCCGUGGCCAUUUGCCAUGAUAAGGCGAGCAUGGUCUCUCUUCAGUAUAGUACUUAACAUUUUCUAGGGUUUUUUGGUUUUGUUUUUUUUUAAUGGAGAGAAUGUGAAAAGGGGCUUCUCAGACGCCAUCCUAAAAGGGUCUGGGGAAACAAAGACUGAAAGGGAUGUGAUGAUGAUGAUACUCCAGGAUGUAUUGAAAUGAUUUGCUUUUUAGGUAUUAAUAUGACAUUUGUCAUUGUCACUGAUUUUUUUAAAAGAGCAAUGCAAAUGUUGGUUGUGGCUGUUUUCCGCAUGCUAUCUUCAUAUCUAAAUGUUUCAUUAAUUAUCCAAGCCUCUGGAGAAUUAACUCUAUUACGUUUGUAUAGUAAGUUAAUAAACUGCUUGGCAAACUGUUUAGGAGACAAAUAGGCAGCAGGGAGCCACUGAAGUGGCUGGUUUCUGGUAGACAUUGGGGGAGUCCAGUUUGGAGCUUUGAGUUUGUUGAUUGGUGAGAACUAAAAGGUAUGAUUGGGCGAGGAGAAGAGAGGGAACUAGUUCACCUAGCCAAUGGCUGAAACCCUGUGUCCUCUCUGGCCCCAAAUCCAAUGAAAGAAAUUCCCCCGUUGAAAGUUAUUCCCUUACUCUGUCCUUGGCAGAGUACCUCUUACAUUUCCCAGAGACAGUUUGAGUCACCCUCAGCCCAAAGAAGAAAGCAGCCUAGAAACUGCUUCAGUAACAUCAAGAUCAUUCUGGUCAAAACUGAGCGUAUAAUGAGAUACAGGCUUCGGGGUCCAGCUGUUCACCAGCAAGACCACCUCCUUCAGUUUCUUCCCAUUCUAAAUGCAGCCAGGCACCUUACAGAGAAGGCCAUUUGAAGAAGGCCAAUUCCUCACAAUGGUAGUGGGCCCUUCAAGAGACUGCCCAGUAAUAGGCAGAAUGUCACUGAACUAGAAUUUCUUUAGCUUUAGGUAAUAACUUUGCUUAGAGCUAUAGCUCUGCAGUUGAGUUCAUCUCAUCCUGCUGCCGCCAGAUCCAACACCAGCUAAGCCAACGCUCUUCUCCAGUCCAAGGAGUGUGUAAGUCAUGGUAAGCUUCCUGAGUGGUCCUGCUAGGGCAUCCCACCUUUGGUACUGUGGAAAGGUUCCAUGCUGACACAGUAGCAUUGAGUGUGGCAUUCGGGGGCCCUUCCUUCUGUCCUAUACAGUUCUGGACACUCUACCGUAUGUGACGGUGAAUGAGGUGAGGAAAAUCAGACCUCACUUCCUGGCUUUUAACAUGUACAAAGGAGAGUUGCUGGUGUUGGUUGUUUGAAACCCUCUUUCCACAUUCUGUACUCCAUCCUUCACUCUCCCAGCAGCUGUGUGAGCAGUCUGGAUUUUCCUAAUAUGGAAAGUUUUUUCCCUAUAGAAAGAAUGCUCCUCCUACAGAGCUGUAACAAGAUGGCGUUUCCUACUCCUCUUCUGAAAGUUUCUGCUCCUUAUGGCCUAUUAGCCAUUUUUACCUGCAGGUGGAGCCAGUGGUGGUGUGAAUGUAGCACUUGCUCUGCUCUCCUUGCCACCUAAGCAGAUGAUAGGCAAUGGAUUAGUGCAGACUUUCCAAGGAAAGGAGAUUCUCGCUUGUCCCAGGCAUCUUUACAACUAGUCCGACAGGCCUAGCUGACUGGAUCUGGUCUUCUCUGUCUUAUAACACAUCUUAUUCAUGAGCUGAUUCCUCCCUGGGUCCCUGGGAAAGAAGCAGUACACCAGACAUCUAGGAAGCAUCCAUCACUAAGAAUGGGGAGACUCCAUUUCCUCUUCCUCCCACACUGUGGAAGCUAAAGGAAGCUGACCUCUUAGGCCAAACAAGGCACUCUCUGGCCCACUUUUUCAUGCUCAGGGUCUUUGCCAGUUUUGUGGGCAGCUGCUGCUCGCUUUGCUGAGGUCAGAUACGAAUCCUUCUGUUUCCUCAUCUGACCCCUCCAUAUAGGGACUUAGGACACUUACAUUCCAAAGGGCAGUGUCCUUUGCACACUUCUAAAGAGACCAGACGCUGUGCUCCACAAAGAUCCACCUAUGACCAGGGAAAGAGGAAAACUGAACCAGUGGCCCAAAUGUCACACACAAGCAGAGUCGUGACUGGCACCUGUGUGGUCUCUCCAGGCUCUGCACAUCAAGUUCCACAGGUUUCCACUACUGAUCUUGAAGGCAGCUGCACAUUAGCACCUUUUGAAAAGUUCAUCUCUUUGAGCAAAAGGGAAGUGGGAAUGAACCCACUGCCUUCGUUCUCAUCAGUGGCUUGCCCCCAGAGUUUGUCUGUAUGACCGUCUAGAAGCCAUGAAGGUCAGGCUGGAGGAAGGAUUGGUUUCUUUUUCUAUUUUCUCCUGUUAGGAGUCCAGUCAUCACAAGCCCCCUAUGGAGCAUGACUCACCGUUGGAAGCUAUUGCUGUUAUAUAAAUUCAUUUCCUGCUUCCAGAACCAGCCUCCCUCGGGGGAAUGAAAAGGAGACUGGAAAGGUCACGUGCUGUUAGCAGACAUUUCUGUGGUUCAAAUGUGAUGAACUCACAAGACAGAUGUCUAGUUCUAUCUUGCACAUUUUCUAAGGAAACCUUUAUGGUCUGGGCAUUUGGCCAUGGCAUGUUCAAUAGGUCACCGAUCAAACAUUUCUAAAUUUUGGGAGGUUGCUUGCCAAUAAGACCUCUUCUUGAGUCUAUCUACCUGAUUUCCAUAGUUUUCAAUAAAGUAUUCGGGUUUAAUCCUGACCCUGAGUUAACAACCUAAGACCUAUGACUCCUCUGUAUUCUUCAGCAAACUAGGCCAGCAUCUAUUCUCUUAAACUCAUUCCUUCCUGCACAGAGUUGCUUUGCCCAGAUCCUAUUUAAUUCCACAUGCAUAAACAAAACCUCAGUGGGCCCGAGAAGGUAAAGCAGGCUGGAGUCUGUGUUAUCUGUAAGUGUCAAGCUGUUUGUUAGGAAGGCCUGUCACAGGCCUUUGGCGUGGGCUCUGCCAGAGACUGUUCUGAACACUUUGCUUGAGAUCCGUGCCCUGUAAAGUGGAUAUGAUGUUUUACUGAUUCUGUAAUACAUUUGUAAACUUCCAAUAAAAUUUGAAUAAAAGAAA